UUUCCUCACAUCCUUUGUUGCACCAAGCACCUAAACCUUUUGUCCCUCUGAGCGUCGCUUCCCCCUCUGAGCCUCUGUAAUCUCACACACACUUUCUCCAAGUUUAAGCUGCUUACAAAACCUGAGUGCCCAAAAAACACAAAUUUAAAAGGUAAACACCAUAGUUACUUAGUAAAAUUUAAAAUGUGCAAUAAACACACCAAUUUCUUAUGAUUACUUGUAUAACUGCUCCAUAAUUAUCUAAAAUCUUGUUUUGGGACGAAGAUCUAACGAUCAUUAAAAACUGGAAUUGUACAGUGGAACUUUAAUUUUAAUCCAAUAUCAGGUGCGUGGGCCAAGAAUCCGGCCCAAAGGCAUGAUGGUGAUCAGAAAUGUUUCCUAAAAUAAGACUUUCUGUACAGCACAAACUUGCUUUUAUUUUGGUUUUAUUUUGGUUUUACAGGAAAUGACCACAAACAUCCAGAUUCAGGCAAACCUGUUAGUUUAAGUUCAUUAAAGCAAAAGUCUUGAAGUGGUCUUGUUGCUGAGAAUUUAAAGAUGUAUAGUUAGCUUCCAAUAAGCUAACUAACCAAAUUAGAAAUUUAGUUUGGAGAUAAAUAUUUAGCCUAACUAAAUAGUGAGUUUAAUAUUUAGCUUGCAAACUAAAUAGUUUCCUUUAAACUAGUCAGCCAGAUAUUUACUGAGCAAGCUAAAUAUUUAGCUCACUUAUUAAACAGCUAAAUACUGGGCUUCAAACUAAAUACUGAGUUAAAUGUUGAGUAUGCAAGCUAAUCAUUUAGCUUCAAACUAAGUAGAGCUAAACAUUUAGUUAGCAAUCUACACAUUUAGUUAAGCUAAACAUCAUUUGAGUGGCCAUCAGAGAGCAGACAUGUUUGAACUUUUAAGGUUGUGAUUAGAGAAAAUAUGGUGUCAUUAGCAUCAGAGGUGAGUAGCUAAUCUUUACUUUAGUUACAUUUUGGAAAACGUUUGGAAAUAGUUUUACUGCACUUUGCUAUUCUGAAGAAUCACUACAAACUUUGUUCUAAUGUUAAUUUCUGUCUGCAGAGCCUGAUGUUCCAUUUGGAGAUCAAGUGAGGAAACUGAACAUCUUGUUCAGACUUGAACUGAAUGAACAUUAUCUACUGUAAGUAUCAUUUUCAUAAAGUUUAUACUGAAAACAUUGGUGGAAGUUCUGCUUACAUUUUUUAUUUUGAACAGUAUUAUUUGUAUUAAUGUUUUCAUUUUAGUGUUUAAAGUUUUGUUUUUGUGUAAUGACAUCAUUUUUAAAAAUACUAAAUCAAACGUUAUGAUCCAUUUCUCAGUUGCCUUUUUGCCAAAUACUUUUUAUUCGUAGAUGAAUAAUAUGGCUUAUAUGGCUGCUUUUUAUUUUUACUACAGUAAAAUAUGCUAAAGUAUGAACUCAGUCCUCUGAAGGCCAGCUUAUAAAAUACUUUUGAUCUCAUUCAUGAUGUAAAUUAGAUGCAGGUUGUGUAAAAUCCUGCAGGAUAUUUCACAACUUGAACUGGAGUGUUAAAGAAAAGCCGCUCUCACUGUGAAACCAGUUCCUGAUGUUAAAGGAAAAACAGAAGUUUCUACUUUUAAAUCAACUACCAGAGUUUCUCUGAACAGCUUCCACACUUUAGUUUCUGAAAUACAAACAAAUAUUUGGCUUAUUUUCUUUCAUGCAUUUCCUCACAUCUGGACCUGCUUUCAGUGUCAUUUCUCAAUAUAAAUCUAAUUAAAAUGCAUAAACGUCCGUCUGAUUGUCAGGUUUUAUGCUUGUAAAAGUUUAGCCUCAUUUUGGGUUUUGUUUUGCUUUUUUGUCAACACUUGUGACACUGUGAGCUGAAACACAUGAGAAGUGCGGCAGGAAAUGUGAUGAACUCGUGUGUCAACAAAGACACAUGUCAUGAGCCGGGGACUUCCUCUCCGACUGGGAGCGAAGUCCCCUCCGAUAAAUCUGUUUUGAAAAACCGCUGAAUCACACGUCACUAAAUCAGCUGCUCCUCACAUCAGGUGUUUCUCUUUAACUCAUAUUCAUAACUCAUUAAAGUGAGAUCAUUCUUCUCUAAGCAUGACUUUAUUUUAUAUUUCAGCAUAAACUCCCACCACUUCUUUUCAGAUUUCAGAUUUAAUUUAAUCCAAUUUAUUGUAUUUUUCUUACAUUACACACUUUUAUCUACUUCCCAACAAAAUAAACCUUUAUUUGCCUGAUUUAUUGAAGAAGGUAUAAUAUAUUCAGUAUUGCCACAGAGGUAGACACUUCCCAGUCAGGAGUGUUGAGCAAAUCAAAUUAUGAGAAACAGGAAGGUGAGUUUGAUGGGAGGAGAGUCGACAGAUACAAACUUCGUCUCCUGUCCAGUUGUGACAUAUUUGGAGCCUUUCUGCAGCCAAGACACCAUGUUUACUGAUCCAAACAUGUCGUCAUUUGUUGACGACUUCAGCUCUAUCUACGAAGAGUUGAACUUCACCUACAACUACACGGAGUUCAUCCUGAACCCGGCGACCGAACCCUGCGACAACUUCCGGUUCCCGGAGGUCAUGAUGCUGAUCGCCUGCUUGUUUUACGUCUUCGUCUUCCUGUUGGCCAUUCCGGGGAAUCUGGUGGUGGGGUUGGUGAUCGGGCUGAGCAAGCAGGCGCUGACCCCCUCUGACCUCUACCUGCUCCACCUGGCGGUCGCGGACCUCCUGCUGGCCUUCACCCUGCCCUUCUGGGCCACCUCCGUCACCUCCGGCUGGGUGUUUGGGGAUCUCAUGUGUAAAAUCGUCACAGUCCUGCAGGAGCUGAGCUUCUACUCCAGCAUCCUGUUCCUGACCUGCAUCAGCAUGGACCGGUACAUGGUCAUAGUGCGGGCGAUGGAGGCCCGCCGCGCAAACCGCCAGGUGUGCAGUUGGGUUAUCUGCGUCGUGGUUUGGGUUGUUGGUGGGUUGCUGUCCCUACCGGGGUUCUUCAGCUCCGCAUUCCCUUCCCGAAAUACAACCCAGAUGGUUUGCGCAGUGCAGUACAACCCCAGCAGCGCCGACGAGUGGCGGCUGGCCACCAGAGUCCUCCGCCACCUCCUGGGGUUCGUUAUCCCGUUGGCCGUCAUGCUGCCCUGCUAUGGGGUGACCAUCCAGCGGCUCCUCCACGUCCGCGGCGGCUUCCAGCGGCAGCGCGCCAUGAGGGUCAUCAUAUGCGUGGUGGUCGCCUUCCUGCUCUGCUGGACGCCGUACCACCUGGCGGUGAUGGCGGACACCUUCUUCCGACUGAAGAUUGUGGAGUACGGGUGCCAGGAGAGGACGGCGGUGGACCAGGCCAUGUUUGCCACGCAGAGCCUGGGGCUGCUGCACAGCUGCGUCAACCCGGUGCUGUACGCGUUUGUUGGGGAGAAGUUCAGGAAGAAGCUGCUGCAGAAAAUGAGGAAGAUGGGACUGUUGGAGCGGGCGUCGAUCUCCAGAGCCAGCAGGUCCUCCAUAUCAUCGGAAAUCACAUCAACAGUCAUGUGAAAAUGUUACUUUGAACUGCAG